AUGCUCACCGGACAGACUCCAGUAAAAAUCCCGGCACCAGGGCUCCAGUGCGUGCCGCCACACGCAGCGCUGCCGGGCAAGGACAGUGCGCGCUCUUGCUUCCAGACUCCUCAGAACACCCCUGUUCCUGCAGCUGAUUUUAAACUGCAUCCUUUCUCUGUAACACACCGCAACCGCGAGUCUACCAGCUUCUCCACUGGCUCCGAAGCGAGGAGCGCGGUCCUCCGGGCGCCUAGAGAGGACAAGAGCGUCCCGGAAGUGCGCACGCGCCAAGACGUGCGGUGGAGGGCGCGGGACAGGCACUUCCUGCCGGCGCGCGGCAGCCCCCUCCUGGCUCGAAGAGCGGAGAGGAGCGGCCUUGGGGUCGCGAGAGCCGCGGGCCGCCCGCUCCUGCAGCCGUCGACACAGCGGCCCUUUGCCAUCGCGGGGUUUCCGUUCGCGGGGCGCUUCUCCGCGCCCCGAGCCCCAGGGACGGGAGUCAUCGCCACUCCCGCAUUGCUGAUCGCGAUCGGGCGCAGAGAGGUCCCCGACAGCGAGGAUAGGGGUGAGCGCCCCCCUCGUUCGGAGGAGGAAGCUGAGUCCGCAGUCCGCCCUCUCACGCUGCCCCCGGCCCUGCCCGGCAAGGGGGAUGAGGCCAGCCAAGGGGCCGACCCGAGGCGGGCGACACGGGAGGCCUCACAGAAGAUGGCAGCCCUAGAGGACAAUCAAGAGGCCCUUCCGGACCCUCCCCCUGUCACUGAGUCAUUGCUGGGGACACCUGCUGCAGCCCACCGCCCCCACGAGGCCCUUCUUCACCUCCAUAAUCCCCCACACGAUUCCCCCGGCUCCAGCCCUGAGAUGCUCCCCCAGCCACAGCUGGAAGAGGAGCUGUCGUCAGACCUGGAUCCCCAAGACAUCCAAGAAGUCGAGGUCGGGAGACACACCUGUUGGCCUGAAUCCAAGCUGGAACCCAAGAAAACGCCCCCGUCUCCCCAGCCAGAUACUCCUGAAGUCGGGGUUGUCCAGGACGCAGGGGUGCUUAAGAGCCUGCUGAGGGCCCUUCCCCGGACAGCCAAGUGUGGGGACAGCUUUGGGCCAGAGACCAGUUUAGAGCGGCCCACAGGCCCACCACCAGGAGCUGGACCCUGUAUGCAGAAGAGGGGUGCCUGGCGCAUGACCCUCGUGCCCCAGGGCGCCCCAGGGACUGGCAGUGGCCCCGACCUAGGCAGUGCGCGGGGCGGGAAGCUGCACCGCUGUGAGACCUGCGGCAAGAGCUUCAAGUACAACUCGCUCCUGCUGAAGCACCAGCGCAUCCACACGGGCGAGAAGCCCUACGCCUGCCACGAGUGCGGCAAGCGCUUCCGCGGCUGGUCUGGCUUCAUCCAGCACCACCGCAUCCACACGGGCGAGAAGCCCUACGAGUGCGGCCAGUGCGGCAAGGCCUUCAGCCACAGCUCCCACUUCACGCAGCACCUGCGCAUCCACAACGGCGAGAAGCCCUACAAGUGCGGCGAGUGCGGCCAGGCCUUCAGCCAGAGCUCCAACCUGGUGCGGCACCAGCGACUGCACACGGGCGAGAAGCCCUACGCCUGCAGCCAGUGCGGCCGGGCUUUCAUCUGGAGCUCGGUGCUCAUUGAGCACCAGCGUAUCCACACGGGCGAGAAGCCCUACGAGUGCGGCCAGUGCGGCAAGGCCUUCCGCGGCCGCUCCCACUUCUUCCGGCACCUGCGGACCCACACGGGUGAGAAGCCCUUCGCCUGCAGCGCCUGCGGCAAGGCCUUCGGCCAGAGCUCCCAGCUCAUCCAGCACCAGAGGGUCCACUACCGGGAGUAG